AUGCAACACUUGCAAGAGGAAGGCAUUAUGCAACACUUGCAAGAGGAAGGCAUUAUGCAACACUUGCAAGAGGAAGGUAUUAUGCAACACUUGCAAGAGGAAGGCAUUAUGCAACACUUGCAAGAGGAAGGCAUUAUGCAACACUUGCAAGAGGAAGGUAUUAUGCAACACUUGCAAGAGGAAGACAUUAUGCAACACUUGCAAGAGGAAGGCAUUAUGCAACACUUGCGAGAGAAAGGCAUUAUGCAACACUUGCAAGAGGAAGGUAUUAUGCAACACUUGCAAGAGGAAGGUAUUAUGCAACACUUGCAAGAGGAAGACAUUAUGCAACACUUGCAAGAGGAAGGUAUUAUGCAACACUUGCAAGAGGAAGACAUUAUGCAACACUUGCAAGAGGAAGGCAUUAUGCAACACUUGCAAGAGGAAGGUAUUAUGCAACACUUGCAAGAGGAAGCCAUAAUGCAACACUUGCAAGAGGAAGGCAUAAUGCAACACUUGCAAGAGGAAGCCAUAAUGCAACACUUGCAAGAGGAAGGCAUAAUGCAACACUUGCAAGAGGAAGCCAUAAUGCAACACUUGCAAGAGGAAGGCAUAAUGCAACACUUGCAAGAGGAAGCCAUAAUGCAACACUUGCAAGAGGAAGGCAUUAUGCAACACUUGCAAGAGGAAGGCAUAAUGCAACACUUGCAAGAGGAAGGCAUUAUGCAACACUUGCAAGAGGAAGGCAUAAUGCAACACUUGCAAGAGGAAGGCAUUAUGCAACACUUGCAAGAGGAAGGCAUUAUGCAACACUUGCAAGACAAAGGCAUUAAGCAACAUCAUUCUCAACACCAUCAUGAAUCACCACGACAAUGA